AUGUGGAUUGUACCAAGGAAACUUGGAAAGGUAUCAACAGCAUUCUAUCUAAGGCAAAGGGUUCAAUUAAAAUUCCUAAAAUUGUGGUAAAUGGCACGGAAAUUUCUGAUCCUGAGGCGAUAAGCAAUGCUUUCAACGAAUACUUCACAGAAAUAGAUCCGAAUUUAGCAGCUCAAAUCCCUACAAAUACGAGUUCAGCUGUUAAUAACAUUAACCGCAAUAACCUUGUUUUCGAAUUGCAUGAAGUAUCGACAGACCAAAUUUCUAGAUUAAUUGAUAAACUUUCAAUAUGUAAGGCAAGUGGUCUGGACAACAUCUCUGUGCGGUUACUAAAAUUAAGUGCCCCCACGACAAUUAAUUCACUAGCCUAUAUUAUUAAUUUGGUGAUUUGUAAAGGAAUUAUUCCAGCUGACUGGAAAAGUGCCAGAGUUUCUGCAAUUCAUAAAAAUGACUGAAAACUUGAUCUCAACAAUUAUAGGCCAAUAUCAGUUCUUCCAGUAAUUGCAAAAGUUUUUGAGAAAGUCGUGUUUGAUCAAACCUACAAUUUUCUCAACAACAACGAUCUUCUAUCCAAAGAGCAGUCUGGUUUUAGACACCUUCAUUCUACAUUAACAGCAAUGCUUGACGCCACAGAUCAAUGGUAUACGAAUAUGGAUAACGGCCUGAUUAAUGCCAUACUAUUUGUUGAUUUAAAGAAGGCCUUUGAUACCAUCGACCAUGAGAUUCUACUAGGUAAAUUAAACCGUUAUGGAUUUAGCAGCCAAACAGUAGAACUAUUUCGAAACUACCUAUCUGGACGCACACAAAUCACUGUUAUCAAUAAUGUAUUGCCGUGUAGCUGUAAGAUAACAUGUGGCGUUCCACAGGGAUCUAUUCUGGGCCCGCUGCUGUUCUUACUCUAUAUCAAUGACCUCCCUAAAUGUCAGUCGAUAUCAAAUGGGCGUUUAUUUGCCGAUGAUACCAAUCUAACAUAUGCUGAUGAUGACCUCAAUAAGAUUAUUUCUGUUUUAAACGAUGAUUUAAAAAUUCUACAAAUUUGA